CGUCGAUAUGAUGGUGCCGAGUGGGAAGAGCAUGGAAUCCAGUGACUGGUGAUGGUUUAUACAUAAAAUGAUAAAAGCCGUUUUAAAUUCAAAUGCCGUUGUACAAUAAUUCACUUCGUCAAUCUAAGCCCAAUUGAACAACUGCCCAUUGCCAAUAUCUCGCCUCCAACCAACAUCGUCACUUCAUACUUCACACCAUGACCGAAGGCCGCCAAUCUCCUCCCCCAUCGAACCAGAGGGGCGAUCAGCAGUCCGACCCUCAAGCCAAUCCCAACGAGACUGGCGCCGCUCCGACCGGCAUGGGCGUGAAAGAAGCCUCCGCCGCGCACCUAAAGAAGAUCCCCUCGAACCCAACCCACCCGCUCGAGAAGGAAGCGGAGGCCAAGCUCGCGAAGACGAUGCCGCUGAAGAAAUAGACAACUGGAGGAAAUCAGCGAAGGCUGAAGAGGAAGGGAGAGACCAAGCGAAGAACCAUAGAGGAUGAAAACUAGCUCACGGUGUCGUAUGCCACGGCUAUACAUGCAUGACGCUAUGGAAGAGUUACAAGUAUGGUACAAUUAUAUGUAAUAAAUCAUCUCC